UUUGUUUUUGUUUGUUUCGUUUGUUUCGUUUGUUUCGUGCCUAACAGUGCUUGGCUGCUCUGAAGAUCUCUACUAUACCCAGCAUCAUCAUGAUCGCGAAAACUUCCCAUCCAAUCUGUGUCUCUGCUCUCUGAUAUCAUCCUACCUGCUAUGCGACGUCGCAAAUCGCAUGAAAAGUGAAGAUUUGGUUUAAUAGGUAGUGUGAAGUAGUGUCUAGUGUGUGAACACUUCUCAGAGGUACAGCGACAGUGUUAAUUAUCGCUAUAGAAGUUUCAAUUACCUUAACGAACUACCUGCAACCAGAGUGACACGACGCGCGAUAUUUUCUGGCCUUGCUUUGCUCUAAACGAACCCAUUGCGCUGCUGUCACCGCGUCAUCAGCAUGCCCGUCCUGACUGGGGCGGGUAUAAAGGCUGCUUGCAACAUACCUACCCCGCUACCAGUUACUACGGCUACUACUACUACUACUACUGCUAGUCCCCAACCCCAGCCGGAGACUAUGAGCGACUUGCGUCACUCCGGUGGUGGCAUCGUGCGCUGGCUAAAUCCCGAACGCUGUGGCACCGGUCCCAUCGGGGGAGUAGACACAUCGCCGGGCAGCGGCAUCCGCUUCGCGUUUCAGUGACUCAAAAGACAUUUUUCGACUGGCUACGAGCAGUGCUGCUAGCUUACCAAAGAACCUGUACAACGCGGGAGGAAGACAACCACCACCACCACCAUCGCCAUGUCAUUCUCGUCGAACGAUACGAUGCGCCCGCUGGCACUGCAGCGUUCACACUCGCUGCCGCACCUGAUCAACUCGCGGGAAGAUUCCGGCGUGGCGCUCAGUGCCAGCGGGUCCUGCAGCGGGCUGAACAAUCUCGGCUACGGUUCGGACGGUUCGUCCGGCAGGCGGCACCGGCACCAUCACCAUCAUCAUCGCCACCAUGACCUGAAGAUACCGUACGGGGCGCGCCUGGUCGCGGAUCUGCGUCAGCUGAUAACGCUCAAGCAGCACUACUACCCGGAGGGUGGCUGGGGCUGGCUCGUCACCUACAUCGGCAUCGUCAUCAACUGUAUCGCCCACGGGCUGCAGCUAUCGGCGGGUGUGUUCCUGCUGCAGACUGCACACAUCUUUCCCCACCUAACCGUGGCCGCAGUGCGUUUUUCGGGCUGGUAGAUUAGCGGUGCGUUGGAGAAGCAUACGUGAGUGACAGUGUGCGUGUGUGUGUGUGUUUGUGUGUGUG